AAGUUUAGGGUUGUUAAAGUUCUGUUUAAAAUUUAAUUUGGUGCUUCUGGGAACAAGAAGAAGAUUGAAUGGAUGAAGUAACAAGAUAGCAAGCAGCUGGCUAGCUCAACCGGAAAACGACAACGGGCCGCAUGGCGAAGCAAAUGAUGCGGUGUUUGAUGUCUCUACCUCCAUUAUCUAGAGCUUCCCUUACUAUCACAGCUCAAAGAAGCAUAGCCACUGCUGCUGCUACUAAAAAGAAGAUAAAGAAGAGUGAAGAGAAAAAGAGAGCACAAUUUUUAGCAGUUAAGAGAGAGAAAGAGAAGCGGAGAACACGUUCUGAUAAAGAAUUUGAGUAUAAGGAAAAUGAUAAUCAUGUCCCUGUUCUGCUCGGUGAAGUUAUUGAUGUUUUCUCUUCUCUUCAUCUCCGUUCUUUCGUCGAUUGUACUCUUGGCGCCGCCGGCCAUUCCUCUGCCAUAAUAAAGGGUCACCCUGAAUUGGAAAACUAUGUUGGAAUGGAUGUUGACCCAGUUGCACAUGCAAAGGCUCGAGCUUGUAUUGAUGAUCUAAUGCAUUCUCAUUCUUGUCACCUGAAAGUACACACCUUCCUCAGCAAUUUUAAGCAUGUGAAACCUCUUCUUGCUGAGGUUGAUCCAAAUUUUUUUAAUUCUGGAGUGGAUGCUAUUUUGAUGGACCUUGGCAUGUCAUCUAUGCAGGUGAAUAAUCCUGAAAGAGGGUUUAGUGUUCUUGCUAACGGACCUCUUGACAUGCGGAUGGAUCCUCAGGCAAGUUUGAAAGCAGAAGACAUAUUAAAUUCCUGGCCUGAUACUGAAGUGGGCAGAGUUCUACGGGAGUAUGGGGAAGAAAGCAACUGGCAUUUGCUUCAGAAUAAGAUUGUUCAGGCUCGUCUGCGUGGUGGUUUGCAUACUACUGGUGAUCUGGUAGAUCUUAUUCGCAAUAUGACUCAUGGAACAAGAGGAGGGAGGCAAGGUUGGAUAAAGACAGCAACCCGGGUGUUUCAAGCUUUGAGGAUAGCUGUUAACGAUGAACUCGGCACACUGGAGAAGACCCUUAAUGCUUGUUUUGAGUGCCUUGCACCAGGGGGAAGGCUUGCUGUCAUCUCAUUUCACAGUUUGGAAGAUAGAAUUGUCAAACAAACAUUUCUAAAAGUUAUUGAAACUGGUAGAGGAGAUGGUGAUGCGGAUGAAGAAGAGAGAUUUGGAAGAGAUUCAAGAAAUUCAGAAGAAAUGUGGAUUAAAUCAGUUGUACAGGGUCGAAAUGGAAGAAUCCUUACCAAGAGACCCGUAACACCAUCAGAAGAGGAAGAAAGACUGAAUCGCCGGAGUAGGAGUGCCAAACUCCGGGUUGUGGAGAAAGUUUAGCAACAGAUGGAAUUAUAGCAUGGAAAAAGCAAUGGCAUUAUGCAUUAUCUGUGCCUCUACAUUUAUUCUUAACAGGAGGAUGAUGCCCACAGGGACGCCUUGUUUUGCAUUUCAGCUAUAGUAGUCCAUUAGUGAAAGCACGAUGUAACAAAACGAGUCGGGUUUUUCUGCCCCUGGAAAAGAAACAAGGCAUCAGUCCCAUGUCGUGAGCA